GCUACAGCUCUAAACAUGGACGAUCGAGGCAGAUUUUUGACUGACAUUUGUGAUUAUCGCAAUAUGUCUGGUCACUGAAGGCACCGUAGAAAGAUAUCAGCAGUGAAGUUGUCGAAAUGAUGGAAAAAAAAAUACGACUGAAGACAGUCAAUGAACACAUCACAUGUAGUUUGUGUACAGGGUAUCUGAUUGAUGCCACGACAAUCACAGAAUGUCUUCAUACAUUUUGCAAGAGCUGCUUGGUGCGGUACCUGGAGGAGAACAACACCUGCCCAGACUGCAGGCUUGUCAUCCACCAGAGCUAUCCACUCAACUAUAUCAGCUUCGACAGAACGAUGCAGGACAUUGUGUACAAGCUGGUCCCAAACCUUCAAGAGAAGGAGAUGAAGAGACAGCAAGACUUUUACAAGAAGAUAGGGAAGGUCCCUCCUAACUCUACACCAGCAGGAAAUUGUGAAGAAAACCAAGAACCUGAGAAGAGUCAGACCCUGCCGCCACCAGACGAGGACCAGGACUGUCACCGUAGUGACGAGCAGGUGAACAUUUGCCUGGAGUGUAAGGGCAACCACAUGAAGAAUCUGAAGAGGAAGUACAUCCGCAUUUCAUCCCAGGCCACCGUCACUCAUCUCAAGAAGUUCAUAGCGCUCAAAGUCUACCAUGCACGGGAGAGAUACAAGGAUGUUGAUAUACUGUGCAAUGAAGAAUUACUUGGAAAAGAUCACACAUUAAAAUUUGUAUCAGUCACGAGAUGGAGAUCAAAAGAUGCCCCCCUCACUCUACAUUACCGACAGAGGAUGACGGAGUUAUGACUAUGCGACUGGGAGGAACGGCCUCACGUUUGACCUGCAGCGAACUUGGCGGCUGAUCCUACAAACUGGGGUGUUUCUUCCAGGGUUGCAAAGACUAUAGCUUUAUCACAUCAUUUCCUGACUCAAUAAGUAAAACAAGGCUGGCUUCCAGAAAGGGGAGUGCAGCCUCACUGGUCCUAAUGUUCCCGUCAUUCAACCAUCAACUCUCAACUGAGGAGGAGAUUCGUGGAAAAUAUCUUUCUCUGGAUUGUGAGGGGUACACUUUGCUGGCUCAGCAUUCAGCUGAACUUGAACUCAUGGAAGGGUGUGAUUUGUGAGGCCAAUGUUUUAGGCUUCUGACAGUAUUACUCAUGAAAUGCUGCAAAGCUGGGUAAAGCUUCUCUACCCACCUUAUUCUGACAAAAGGAAGUUUUUAGACUAUUAGUAUUUUCCCUCUUAUCAAAUGGAAUAGUUAUUUUCACAUAUUUUUGGGUCAUUACACAUACAAGGUGAAGUAAGGCAACAACAUUCUUGGCUGAUCCUGAAGUGGUCUGUCAAAAUUAUCUCCCUUGAUUUAGAUCAGAACUGAACUUAGUGCUCUCCCCUUGGUCCAUAAAACCUCAUCUGGUCGGUGAAUCCAUCCACAAGCAACAUCAAACAGGGUUGUUGAUCUGGGUUUAGCGGUCAUUGUUAACCCUUUUAAUCAAAUAUCAAAGAGGAAGCUUUUCAUUUCUCCUGUCUGGGUACCGAGAGGAUCAUCGUUGUGAGGGGUGACUAGAUGGAAGAGAUCAGGGAAUCAUUUUGGCCAAUGCGGCCAUUUCAUUUAACCAUGACAGUAUCACUGUUGACAAUUCCAUAAAGACAUCAGCCUGGCAGAUAUGGACAUCAGUGGCUGUGGCACUCUGAUCAUUGGGUCAGUGUGGCCUACAACAACAUGUCUGAUUGUGAUCUCGUGAUAUGCUGGACACAUAAUGGUGAGCAAACAGAACCAAAAUGAAUCAGUGAAUAUUGUGCCAGUGUAGAUAGUUGUAUUGACAUUGUUUGCUCAGACUUCAUAUUUCUGUGAGGGUGGCUGUUCAGAGGAAGGACCAUAUUGUGUAAAGAAGAACCUUGUUUACCUAGAUCCUCCUUAGAGGAAACCACAGAGUGAACACCAGCCUAAAGAGUAUUCACAUUUACAUUUUCAGUAAGUACUGCCCAGGUACAAUUCAAACAAUAUAAGCAGUUAUUAAUGUUUAAUAGCUUCGGAAGCCUACAGGCACCAAUCACAAACACAUUGAUUAGGGAACUAAAAAAAUUUUCAACAAUAUAUUUUGCAUUUUUAAUUAGA